AUGGAUCCAGCAUUCUCGCUAGCUGACGAGCUAUCUGGCGCACACACUCUCGACUCGCUAGGUGAGCUUGAUGCACACUACACCACACUGGACGAAUUCGAGACGUACGAUGUAGGCUCUCUCGGCGAUGAGCUAGGUCAACUUGACCUUGACCCGGGAUUGCAUCUUCGAAGUGGAAGCUUAGCGGACGAACUCGAACCUGCUUCCAACAGUAACGUAGCGGAGGAGGUUUUGGAUCAAGACUAUGCGUCGAAUUUGGGUGGGGGGUCGUUGCAAGCUGCGGCGGCACAGACCGAGCAGAUUCAGGAGAGCAUUACAGCCACCCAUGCUUUCCUUGCGCGGCUGUCGAGCUUAUCCACCCAAGGGCACGAUGAAGACACGGCUCCGCUGGAAGUGGCUGCUGCGGGGUACCUCAAGCUCGUCUCGGAAUGCACGGUGGAGCGAGAAGCGCAACUGCGCGAACUGCGCGAUCUGGACCGAAAACUCGCCCGAGAUCUAGCAGCCACCCACACACACCAUCGCUCGGCCUCACUUGACUCGAUUGAUUCGGAGGCAACGAUUCGAGAGGAGGAGGGACUGGAUGGGGGGAUGUUCGCACCGGUGUAUGCCUCGACCUCCGCACUGGUGGGAUCGUUGGGGAGUUUGCAUGAACAUACGCAGGUGACCAAGAGCAGUACGGCUGAUGCCCAACGUCGUCUCAAGUCGCUCCGCACCCUACUGGCACAGUGGAACGCCGACCAUGAAAGCACCCAACACAGUCUCGAUUGGAUCGCCACCCACAGUCCCCAUCACCAAGCGGGGGAAACAGCACACUCGCAACUCGACUACUGUCGAAAACGUCUGGACGACGCCCAGAUGACGGCGACACAGCUACUCACUCCCCAACGCAUACCCGCCUAA